CCUCAUACUUGUGUCUUUGACCUUGCAUUCUUUAAGCCUGGAGUGAAUGCUCAUACGCCAGUGCGUUUACUGUAGCGAAGGAACUAAACCUGAGUGACGCAGUGAAAAUUGCCUGGUCUCACCCGCUGGCAGCACCAUGACAGUGUCCUUGUGGCCGAGAGGACCUGGAUCAAGUCUAAAAAUCGAAGAAGGGGUCUGCACGCUGGUCUUUCUUCUCCUCUUGCACAAUGUGGACGCCGGGGUCCAGAUCGAGUCGCAGCAGCGCGACUUCUUCGUUAUCGAAGGCCGCAACUUCACCAUCGCAGCUGACAUUAAUAUUACCCAGGGAGACACCAUUGCCUCGGCUUUCUGGGCUAAAAAGAAUGGAGAGCGUCAGAGAAUUGUCGAUUGUUUGCCGGACCAGGUUGAGACAGCAAGCUACUCGAGGUACACGGGUCGAGGAUGGUGCGCAAUGCAAGCAGACAGCAUAACGUUAACACUCACAAAACUCACGCCAAAGGACAGCGGCGAUUAUGAGCUCAAGAUUACGUUAAAUUCUGGUGAAAUCGGCACAGUGCACUUCACCGGAAAACUCUACGUACCUGUGUUUAACGUCACUAUCGUACCCCACUGGGAAAAGAUCGAUCGACAGACCAACCUUACCCUGGCAUGUAAGGUCUCAGAAGGAACGGACCCAAUAUUUAACUGGACUACAAGCAACGAGACUAUCGCCCACAGCAGCAAGUAUGUGAUGUCAGCAAACAGCAGUGUCCUAACCAUUCUUGAAUUCGAGUCUUCUGACUGCCACGUGUACACAUGUGUUGUUUACAAUGAUGCCAAAGUGGAGAAGAAACUUUUCAAUGUUUCCGAAUCUGAAGACUUUCCAUUUUGCCGACAAGAGCCUGGUCCGAAGGGAGGGAAGCACCUUGCCUGGCUGAUAUUGAUGGUCCUCCCCGUGCUGCUGCUCAUUGGGAUCAUUGUGUGGGUUAAGAAGAGGAUGAACAGGGCAGUGAUAUAAGCCAAAGGUCGACAUUCAUCCACAGUCUGCUGAAGAAUAGUUUUCCUUGUGAGGUGUUUUCUGAGGUGUCCACCGUCACACCAGGUGGAGGACAAACAAUGUGCCAGAUGUCAGGGAAGAGGCUUCUGAGUGAGGCCCAUCCAAUGCGAGAUGUUGCUGGUGGAUAUUCUGUCUCUAGAUAGUUAUUUAUUGUGGGGAUAAGCUGCUGGUCAGUUAUGGAGUCAACUCCACGUGGCAUUACCUACAGAACACUGGGCACACGGAGAAAGCAACUACUACCCUGACAGUAUUCAAUGGCUCAGGCACUGACAACACAGAGAGAAGCAACAUCAUUGUUUCAGCGUGCGACCAGCCAUAGCUCAGGAUCAGGCCCUUCGGGGUGCUGAGUCUCUCUGUGGAAGCUGUCCAAGUAUGUCUGACUGCUGUUCCGUUAAUGAAGGAGAGUGCGGAGAUGGACAGUCAGAUGGCAGCAUGCAGGUUAUUUAGCUCAAUGAUUUUGAUAACACUGCUUGUACAGUAUGUGAACUCCUCCCAUGUGGUAGUUGGUAACUGACUGGUAGAGGAGUAAUUCUUCAAUUACCACAACAUCUCCCAUUGAGAAAAGAGAAAAACUAGCUAUGUUCUUCUUGUCUAUAGAACUGCUUUGAAAUUACAGUCACCGAAAUUAUAGUCAUAUUAACCACGGUACAUAACUUAUUCUCCUGACGUAAAGAUAAAAAAGAA